AUGGCUUUACCGUGGCAUAUUCCUUUAGAAUCAGCUCUAAGUCAUAGAAUUAAAAAUCCUACGCCACCGCAACCGUCUUUGUUUAAACAUUAUUGUAAUAUAAACAUUCAUCAACCACCAUGCGAAGAAUUGCAAAUGGGUCUCAUGUGCGAUAUUGGUUUCUCAAAUCGGGAGCCGGCUACUAUACAAAGGUUAAUCGCUGCAGGUAUGACAGUGGCUAGGCUUAAUAUGCGGAAUAUGGAACCCGACGCUUGUGCACAACUUAUUCAAAGCAUAAGGCAAGCCGUUUAUAAUUAUAGCGCUGAAUUAGAGUAUGUUUAUCCACUGGCGCUGAUGAUGGAUGUAAGGGGUCCAGAUAUUGUAACAGGAGAUUUAAAAGGUGGUCCUAAAUCAACCGUGGAUCUCAUCCAAUCUAAUUCAAUUCGUUUAACAACAGAUACUAGUUGGCGUGAAUGUGGAACUCCUGACUGCUUAUAUAUCGGAUAUGACCACUUAACUGAUCUACAACCCAAUGAUUUAAUAUUUAUAGAUAGUCUCACCCCGGGAAUGAUCAAGCUUGUUGUAACUGAUGUUGGGGAUGACUCAGUAGACUGUACAAUUGCUUUUGGUGGAACCAUUGGCGCCAAAAUGACGGUCCGGGUCACUCAAGUACCUCAGGAUAUUGAAGCCGUAGCAAAAGAUGGUAGUUUAGAUUCAUUGAAUUGUAAUGAAAAACAUCAACAGCCUUUCGAAGGCAUGCAAGAACAAGUAGCUUGGGCGAUUGGGUCUGACAUAGAUGCUGUACUUGUUCCAGCUGCCCAGUCCGUUCAAGACAUUCGCGCAGUAAGAGAGCUGUUAUUAGAAAAAGGAAAACACAUUUUAGUCAUUGCCUCUAUUGAAACUGUUUUAGGAUUUGAUAAUUUAGAUAAAAUUCUCGCUGAAGCAGAUGGUAUUUAUGUAGAUCGAUGUGUUUUAGGCUCUGAUUUGCCACUGGAGAAAAUAUUUAUAGCUCAGAAAAUUAUACCAGCGAAGUGCAAUGAAGCCGGGAAGCCUUGCAUUUUUAAAGCUGUAAUCAAUGAGCAGCUUCCAACACUUUGCGUUACGGAUAUUGCAAAUUUAGUAAUUGAUGGUGUGGACGUAAUAGCUUUAGAGUUACAUUACGAUUCAUCUUCAACGAAGUUUGCGCGCUUCCGUGAAUCGGUAAGGAUGGCAGAACAUUGUUUGACCGCUGCAGCGCUUAUUUGUAGGCACGCUGAGCGGAUAAUUUGGCAGCCUUAUAUUUAUGGAAAUACUGAGUUAAUGCAAAGUACGUUUGAUGAACCCUCUAAAGCCAUCAGUAUAAACGCUGUUGAACUUGCUAUGAGGGCUCGCGCUGUUGCUAUUAUAUGCCUAACUAAUUCAGGUCGAACUGCUAAACUAAUUGCUCACGCAAGGCCUCAUUGUCCCAUAGUUGCGGUAACUAGAGCAUGCCACACUGCACGUCAGUUACGUUUUUGGCGAGGAGUUCGAUCCAUGCACUAUUUUGAAGUUGCAAAAUCUAAUUGGACGUCAGAAGUAGAAGCACGCGUUUCCGCUGCUCUUGACUAUUGCAAAGCAAAACGACUUCUACGAGCAGGUGAUGCUUAUGUGUUAGUAACGGGAUCACGACGAGGUGUAGGUUAUUGCGACAGUGUUAGACUAUUAUAUGCGAGUUCUCGUAAUACUAUUCUCGUUGAAUAA